AAGUUGUCGAUUUUUAUUGGACCAAGUCGCGCGCAGCAUGUUAAUUAAUAACAACAGCCUAUUGCUGGCGAAACAUUAAAUAAAAGUUUAAUCAAUAAGACAAUUUAAUUGAUUUAUGCAUUGAUAAGAAGCCAAAGCAAACAACAACUAAGGAUUCGGUGCAUUUUGGACAAAGAAAACGUGUGAAAACUCAAAGGCAAGAGAAAUACGAAACGAAUGAAUGUUGCGCAACCCGAACCGACCCCGCAACAAGCUCACGCCACCCUCAGAAAAGACAACAAGCCUGAGUAGUAGUAGUAGUACCAGCAUUAGCCAUUGAUAAUAGCAUUUCGAUUGCAAAUAAAGUAAAUUCAACAAGCCCCAGAGGUCAUGAAAAAGCGUUCCAUUUCACGUGGCAGGCUCGACAGCGAUGCGGGUGGAGGAGCAGGCGGCGGCGGUGGCGCCUUCUCGUCGGACAAUGAACCAACAACCACUACAGCCACUGGCCAUAAAUCUGGAGCGGCUAGUGCUCCGGCAACACCAACCAAACAGCGUUCCUCGGACAAUGGAGCUGGGGCACGCAAAAGACGAAAAGAGGAGAUUGCCCAAACAUUUGUGAUAGUCAAUGAACGUCCAGUUGAUGAUAUAUCCUUGGAUUUCUUUUAUAAACCUCAUACCAUAACAUUGCUGGCAGUCUCAGUGCUUGCGGUGAUGUAUUUUGCAUUUGUCAGAAACGAAACAAAUCUGGAUGAUAAUCUCUGGGCCGGCCUUCUAUGCAUUGUGUUCUUCUUUCUUAUUGUAUCGGUUAUAGCAUUUCCGAAUGGACCUUUCACACGACCCCAUCCGGCCAUUUGGCGUAUACUAUUUGGCUGUUCUGUUUUAUAUUUGCUAACAUUGCAAUUUUUAAUGUUUCAAAAUUAUCCAACUAUACGAAAUAUUUUAUAUUGGUUAGAUCCAAAAUUAAAGAAUUUUCACAUUGAUAUGGAAAAGGAAUAUGGCGUCAAUUGCACGGACAUUAGUUGGGAACGUGUCAAGGGUCAUUUGGAUGUAUUCGCUUGGGGACAUUUUCUUGGUUGGGCCUUCAAGGCCAUACUCAUACGCCAUAUGGGCAUAUUGUGGGCCAUUUCUGUAAUGUGGGAAAUAACUGAAAUCACAUUUGCCCAUCUGUUGCCAAAUUUUAUUGAAUGCUGGUGGGAUGCCCUCAUAUUGGAUGUGAUCAUAUGCAAUGGUCUUGGCAUUUGGAUGGGUCUCAAGAUAUGUAAAAUUUUGGAAAUGCGUGAAUAUAAAUGGGCUAGCAUUAAGGAUAUAUCGACAACGACAGGAAAAAUUAAACGUGCCAUGCUACAAUUUACACCAGAAAGUUGGUCAGCCAUACGUUGGCUGGAUCCCAAAUCCACAGCGAUGAGAUUUGCUGCUGUUAUACAAUUGGUCAUCUUUUGGCAGGUCACCGAAUUGAAUACAUUCUUUUUGAAGCAUAUUUUUGAAAUGCCUCCAGAUCAUUUUAUUGUUAUUGGUCGUUUGAUAUUUAUAGGACUCUUUGUUGCGCCAUCAGUAAGGCAAUAUUAUGUCUAUGUCACUGAUACACGCUGCAAACGUGUCGGCACCCAAUGUUGGGUUUACGGCGCCAUCAUGGUAUCUGAGGCCAUUCUAUGUAUUAAGAAUGGCAAAGAAUUGUUUGAGCGCACGCAAGCCAUCAACAUUGUGUUAUGGCUGACAAUUCAGGUGAUGAUCUCAGUGUCAUUUGUCUAUUUGGCCGUCUGGUGGCAGCAACGCCAACUGAAAAACCUAACGACACCCACUAAAAGACAAGACGAUAUUACUUUGACUACAUCGACUAGUUCUAGUUCUACCACAUCUCAAGUGUCACAAUGUAAAUCCUUUGAAGACCCAAGCACUUUAUCUCACUACGAUAUUAAAAUAAAAAUUGUUUAAUUUGUUUCACCAAUUUUCCCUUCUACCCUCUCCUAUUCUCUAUUCUCACCAGGUCAAUUGUCUCCACAGAAAAAGAAUUUGUAAAAAAGAAAAGGUUGAA